UGUUCUUAUAAUUCCAAUUGAAGAUCUCCGGUAUCAUCAUCAUGGCAGCUCAGGAACCUGACUAUCGACUCAUCGGCACCUACACCCGCUACUCCAGCUGGACGGCCCGAGUCGAGGCUGUCCUGGAAUACUUCCACAUUCCGCAUACGAGCCAGUUUGUGAAGCUCUCCGAUGUGAAACAUGUCUCCCCAACAGGCUUCGUCCCCAUUCUAGAAUGCCGCUCCAUGUCCAUCUCCAUUGGUGACUCCCUCGCCAUCUGUGAAUUCCUCGCCGAAUCCCACCCGGAGCUACGUCUCUGGCCCGCGGAUCGUCAGCUCAGAGCUCUUGCGCGGAGCGCUGCCGCGCAGAUGCAUUCUGGCUUCUCCGCCGUGCGAGGCACGUUCGGCACAAACUUUCUCGCGCGGUACACUGGCAACAUCCCAAUCCCCGAUAACGCAAAACGCGAGGUUGAGCGUAUCCUGGCUAUCUGGGACGAGGCCCGGAAACAGACCAAGGAACGUCUUGCGGCUCUUGGGCAGGUCGAUGAUGGGUUCUUGUUUGGGGGAUUUAGUAUUGCCGAUGCUUUUUUCUGGCCGGUUCUUUGGCGGUUUCGUACGUAUAAUCUUCCUCUAGAAACUGCAAGCGAUGAUGCGCUGGCGUGGAUGGGAACGAUGUGGAAUGACCCCGUGUUCCGUGGCUUGGGCCAGCGGUACUUUCAGCAAGCACAGGACCCGGAAACUCGUAUUGAGCAUUAUGAUGACAUCUUCCGGGGAAGGGACGAUGUACAGUACGGUCACUUCCCUGAGGAUUGGAAGUUUGAGGUCUCUAGGAAGUGACGCUAGGUUGAACAUUGAACCGAAUACUCUGGUCUUUUGAAAUCUUGAAUCUUUCUCAUCAUAUACAAGACCGGCUGGCCAAUACAUAUGUAUCAUUUAUGAUUGAAUUAAAUCCAUGUAUACU